CGGAGGCCGAGAAUGCACGCUGCACCCAGGAACCCCACCUCCAUUGUCCCCCGGCCCCGCCCUCCAUUGGGCACACCCUUCGUCCCGUUCCGCGCCGCUGAUUGGCUGCGGGCCACGCCCCUCCGUCGUCCCCCGGCCCCUAUUGGCUCUUCCUCCACGUUAUCCUUUCCCGAAGUUUCUUAUUGGCGCAGGCCACACCCUCUCAUUGGUCACCGGACUCCGCCCUUGGCCUGGGCUCCUCCCCCGGCCGCCUUUCAUUCAUUCUGCAUCUAGUACUGGGUGCUCGGGACAUGGGGUGAAUCGGAGCCGCCCCUGCCCUUAGGGAGUUCAGGGGAUGCUGAGGGGGGAGGGCGAAGCACCGACCUAGGCUCCAACUGUAACAGCCUCGGGCGGUCAAGAAGCUGCCUAAGCACUGGGAGCCUCCAGGAUGGCAGGAAGGCUUCCCAGAGGAGAAAUCUACAGAGUGGGGAGUUGGAGUUAUCAGGCUGGAUGCGACCCUCAGGACAGAAUGGUGUUGGACUCAGGGACUCAGGUGUAUGAACAGACACCCCCCAGCCCACCAGCCAGUCCCUCGUCCUUGGGCCAUAGGCUCAAGCCCCCAGAUCGAGAUGGGACAGUGGUGUACCCCUGGCCUCAGUCUUUGGCUCUGCCUCUGGCUCUGUCAGUCCCCUCAGCUCUGCAGCCCCAGCCUAAGCCACAGCCCUUCUCAGAACUUCGCUUGGGGCACCGUGGCCACAUGCGUCGCAGUGAGAGCACCAGCACUGUAAAUAGUACUGGCCGGCGAGGGGGUGGCACCCAGGGCCUGGCCCUACCUGGACGGAGACAGGACCCAGGUGGAGGCACCCUGCGGCCUGCGGCCUCCCUGCCUCACAUUGCGAAGACUCGAAAGGAUGUGGGCCGUGGUGCCAGCAAGAGCCCCUGCAUGUUGGUGGCUCUGCGACCAACCAACAUGGACCGCGAGCGGGACAAGUUCUUUCAGUCCCAUUACACCUACAACCCGCAGUUCGAGUACCAGGAGCCCAUGCCCAAGGCUGUGCUGGAAAAGUACUGUGAAGCCUCUGGACAGUUCAUCCACCAGGCAGUUGGCAUCAUUGAGGCCGUCCUGGAGAAAUUUGGCACCUAUGAACACUUUGAGGCUGCGACUGGGGGCCAGCUGCUGACCAAGUGCCAGAUCUGGUCCAUUGUGCGCAAAUAUAUGCAGAAGGAAGGCUGCGUCGGGGAGGUUGUGGUGCAGCUGAGUGAGGACCUGCUGUCCCAGGCAGUGAUGAUGGUGGAGAACAGUCGACCCACGCUGGCCAUCAACCUGACCGGAGCCCGCCAGUACUGGCUGGAGGGCAUGCUCCGCCACGAGAUAGGCACCCACUACCUGCGAGGCGUGAACAACGCGCGGCAGCCGUGGCACAGCGCCGAGGGCCGGCUGCAGUACGGGCUUCGGCCCGCUAACCCCACCGAGGAGGGCCUGGCCAGCCUGCACAGCGUGCUGUUCCGCAAGCAGCCCUUCCUGUGGCGCGCCGCGCUGCUCUACUACACCAUCCACCGCGCCGCGUGCAUGUCCUUCCGCCAGCUCUUCCAGGACCUGGCGCGCUACGUGGAGGAUGCCCACGUGCGCUGGGAGUACUGCGUGCGCGCCAAGCGCGGGCAGACGGACACUUCGCUGCCUGGCUGCUUCAGCAAAGACCAGGUGUACCUGGAUGGCAUCGUGCGCAUUCUGCGGCACCGCCAGACCAUCGAUUUCCCGCUGCUGACCUCGCUGGGCAAGGUGUCCUAUGAGGAUAUAGACCACCUGCGGCCCCUUGGGGUGCUGGACAAUACUCGGGUCCCGCACUUCAUGCAGGACUUGGAACGCUACCGGCAGCAGCUGGAGCACAUCAUGGCCACCAACCGGCUGGAUGAGGCAGAGCUGGGUCGCCUGCUGCCUGACUGAUGAUGCUGGUUGAGAGCUGCAGGCAGAGGCCCCAGGCAGAGGACUCUACAGCAACCCCCAGAACAUGAAGCUAACUGCUCUGCGC